UGCCGUCUGCCUGCUGUCAAAACCUAUACGUCAAUGUCAAAACUCAAAGCUGCUAUGGCCUGAAAACAAAACAAAGAAAUAAGUUUUCGAUAGAAAUGGACAAAAUAGCUAAGGAUUUAAAUAUAAGCCCUAAAAAUAUUUUUGUCACACCUUUACCUAACACAUUUUCUAUUGUUGUCCACUACAAUUGGAUAAGAAAUUGGCUAAAGAACUUGGAAGCGGACGAUUCCUUAUAUAAUUUGGAUAACUCAGCCCCAACUGGUGAAAGUGUAUCAUAUCCACAAAAGAAAUUGUUUAUUAAGGUAAUAGAUAAAAAAAUCUCAAAAGUUUUGCCACUCCCGCGGUAUAAAUUCAAUGAAACCAGUUCAGAACUACCCCUGACCUUCUCCCAACUCCUACAGUAUGUAUCACAGAACAACCAAAGGAAUCUAUGGAAGGAAUCAUAUAAAAAAUACUGUCAAAACAAUGAAUGCCCAAAAGAAACGACAAUAGUUAAUCUAAUAGAGCAUGACCAACUACUGUCCGAGAUUAUUGUGAGGCUGUACGGCUGCAACAUUGUGAGAGUGAAAGACGGUGCAACUAAGUAUAAUGAGUACAAAGAUAUAGCUAAUAAACAUGUAUUAAAGUCAUAUGAAACUCAUGUCAAUUUACUGGCAGCUAUUUUUGCUGUGGAGACAGACAAUAAUUUCUAUAUUGUAUAUAGGGGUCACUAUGAGAACAAUUUAUUGGAUUGCCUUAAUUUCAGUCCUACUUUAAUAGACAAGACAUAUGCUAGAGGCUUACUUAUAAUCUAUCAACUUUUAAACUUCUCAAAAGCCUUAUGUGAUAGAGGAUUGAGCAUAGGCACUUUGACUCUGCAGGAUAUUUAUCUAAAUGAAGAUCUGUGGUUGCAAAUAAUACCACCAAUAACAAACAACUUAAAGUGUCUUGAUCCCUCUUUAAUCUGUGAACAGAGCAGAGUCAAAACUUUGGCAUCCUCUAGCAAUGAUGAGCCAAAAAAAGCAGAAGAAUGGAGGUGGAGAAAUGAUGCUGUGCAGCUGGAGAAGCUGUGUUUGUUGUGGGUUAGAGGAAGGAUAUCUAAUCUAGACUAUCUCUUACACUUGAACAUUCUGGCAGGACGGUCACCCAAUGAUCCCCAGGCACAUUUCAUGGUUCCCUGGGUGACAGAUUUCACUUCUAGAUGUGGCAGAAACUGGCGAGACCUGUCAAAGUCAAAAUACAGACUGAACAAGGGCGACAGGCAGCUGGACAUGACAUAUGACACCAACUGCUCCGGCCACAUUCCCCAUCAUGUCACUGAUGCGCUUACUGACAUCACAUGCUAUGUUUAUUUGGCUCGCAGAACAUCAAAGGAUAUCCUCUGUAAAUAUGUCCGUAACAAGUGGGUGCCGGCAGAGUACCCGGCGUCGAUACAACGCAUGCAGGAGUGGACGCCGGACGAGUGUAUACCGGAGUUUUACACAGACCCUACUGUGUUUAAGAGCAUCCACGAGGAUUUGCCUGAUCUAGGACUCCCAUCAUGGGCGACGUGCGCCGAGGACUUUAUAACUAAGCACAGGGAGGCGUUAGAGAGCACACACGUGUCGGAAAACUUACAUCACUGGAUCGAUAUCGCCUUCGGUUACAAACUAUCAGGCACAGCGGCAAUAAAGGCGAAAAACGUGUGCCUGUCGUUAGUGGACGGGCACACGCGCGUGCGUCGCGGCGCGAGCGUGCAGCUACUGAGUGCGCCGCACCCGCCGCGCCGCCCGCGCGCCCCGCCCCCCGCCCCGCCUCGGCUGAGAUGGACCGCCCCGCGCGAGACCAAAAAAUCCGUUCGUGACAGUUCGGAUGAGCUGUCAGACGAAGAUGAAGAGUCCACCAGUCUUCCGCAGCACAUCUCACGACUAACGGUUCCUACGCAUCGCGUCCGUAGACACAAAAGUAGUUCAAGAGCCCGCUCGCUCUGUAAAAGCCAAGAAGACGACGCCAGUAUUAGUGAAGGCAGAGCAUCCUCGCAUUCCAGACACUACAAAGUACAGAGAUCGGAAAUGGGAAAAGGCGUUAUAUACCUACCCAAAGAAUUCAACCCGGCAGCUACCAUACAAUCUCUUGAAACUCUAGAUAACUUCCGCACAAAAUGCUUCUUCAGUAGAGCUGAAGAUAAAGACAAGCAUAAGGAGAAUGUAUCUUUAAAUCUAUGUUCCGUAGAACAGGAGCCGAAAGCAAAAAGUGUAUCGGAUGAAACGGCUUUCACGAACCACAUGUUCUUAGCGUCGUACGAUCAUGCGUAUCUGAAAAAAUUCGAUGCGAAUCUUGAGACGGUUAUGAAGGAGAGAAAGAAUAGAAUGUUCAAUACGCGGUAUACUACAGCAGCCGGUGUGUACAAGCAGUUUAUAUCGGAGAGCAGGAAGCAAGAUAUGCUCGUCAUAGGCUGUUUGAUCGUUGAGAUAUUCCUACACCAUCAUAUGCGUCCGCUGAGACUGAACAACAAUAAUUUUCAAGAAAGAUACAACAACUGUCGCACCGUUCUAAAAUAUAACUACAAUUCGUUGCCCAAAUGUGUAAGUUACGUAGCGUCUUUGAUCUUAAACGUGGAACCUCCCACCUUAAAUUAUAGAAGUGAGUUGCAGCCGAAGAGAGAAGAGAAUAUCAUAGUGACAGAUAAAGGUUUAACCCCACCUACACCUUCGCAGCUUCUACAACCGUUGCUAAUGCAGCAUUUGAUACCUUUCCCUCAAAAUUUUCAUAUACUAUACAAUUUAUUGAGUACGCUCCACGAGUUUGAGUUAACCAGCAACGAACUAUACGUAAUGUAUACCUACGAAUGCGACGGGUUGCAAUGCGAGAAAUAUCAGAACGUCGACAAAACAAAGCUGUAUUUCGUCCAAAGAAUCGCCGAAGGAAAGAUUCAGGCUUGCAUAGCACAUCUGGGAAUUCUAGUCAACCAAGUUACCAACGAAAAUCAGUUCAACUUCCUAGAUAUAUUCCUCCAACAUUAUAUACAGCUGUUGAAAAAUAAAGAUACCUCAGUCCUAGCGGCUUGGCACCUAUUCGAUACAAUAAGCAAGGCUUUAGGUCCGGCCGAGACGAAGGACAAACUUCUGAAGCAUAUACUCAAUUUGUACGAAGACGACGAUUAUGUCUACGAAAGAACAGAUCACAAAGUUACCGAUGUUGACGUGUACGCUAUAGCAGGGUUGGCGAGCAAGCAGAAAUUCGUUAAGCUAUACCACCAUAUAUUCCUCUUGCAGCUAAUGGUUCGUCUCGGUCUUCGAUGCUUCCUGGAUAACUUUAUUCAGCAUCUAGUGGAAGCUGUAGGUGGUUACAAAGAUAUAUCCUCGGAAACCGGCACCCCUGGUCAUCUAUGUAACAAUCGGACCAUGUGCAACAAGAAACCGAGGUAUUCGGACGAUAACGUCAAAAAUGCUUUAACAGCUCCAUCUGAUAUUUUUUCUCCGGAUACCUCGUACGGUUCGGAACAGAUAGUAACACCGAACCACGAUGUAACUAUAGCUGAAGUGCAUGAGGUAUUACUAGAAAAGGACUCGGAUAGCAAGAGUGAGACAGACUUAUUCCAUUUCGAAACCGAUAAGGAGAGAGUGCCCAGUCGCGGUAGUAGGAGCAGAUCACCCACUGGCUCUAUAGAUUCGUUGACGCCAAAAGAGCCACUACAAACCCCGUCGCCGGCCGCAGAAUUUGCUGCCCAAUCGAAUUCUAGAUUCUUCACAACGUUGCCGAGCAAAGAAAACGCAACGAAUGGACACGAUUUGGAGUCGAAAGCAAUGUCUCCUACAAUGGAUAUUCCUAAACCAAUGUUCACGAGUCACAUACAUUUCGCUGAUGGCGAAUCUUCUUCGGCCGAUGGAGGAAAAUCGAGCAGCACCGAUCAAAGACAACCACAGAACCUAAAUUUCAACGAUAGAAUGAAGAACAAUCUGGAAAAAACUGAUAAGUUUGAGGAACAGGAUACUAAUAAGAUAUCAGAUAUGAGCUCAGAAAGUUUGAUUUGGCUGGCCCAUAGACUCGGUCCAGUACUAACCUGUAGAUAUAUAACUAGGAAUCUUCUUAAGAUGCUGACUCUUUGUUAUAUUGGUAAAGAGAACUUGUGUCGAUGCGAUAGCGAUGUGAAAGAUGAGUUCGAUGAGAUCUCGAUAGUGAAUAGCAGAAUCGUUGGCGACAAGAAUGCGAUUAAGGUUAUAAGGUGCCUCACGUCUAUUGUUGCGAUGUACGGCGAGCAAUUAAUAAUAUUCCAAUACCUGCCGCACAUGGGUGAGCUGAUAGCGUCGUGCCGGCGCCGCCUGUCCGCGCCGCUAGAGGGCGGGGUCGUCGCGUACCUGCAACUCAUCAAAUACCUCAUGCCCUUCAUGUCAGAUGUGAAGGUUAUGGAGCAGCUGCAGGACACGUUUUUAAAGUCGAUCCUGCAGCCCGCACUGCGUCUAGCGUCUACGGGUCGGUGCGCGUAUCCGAGCGGGGCGGCGGCGCGCGCGGCGCUCGCACGCAAACUGUUGGACGCAAUGUACGCACUCGCGCUGCGUAUAGGCCCAGAGAUGACGAGGAAAUUGCUCUGUGUUGGCGCUCUACAGAGAUUUUUCUUGGCGUUCGAUAAGGCGACGGGUAAGACUGAUAACUGGCCAAAGCAAGAAGAGGCUAACUUAGAUAAGGUAUCCGAAGACGACCCAACGGAUUCAAACAUGGAAGGCUUUCUGGAGAUAUGCCGCGACGGCAGCACCGCGGAGUGGGCGGUGCGCGACGGGCGCGCGGUGCGGGCUGACAUACCGGAGCUGGCGUGCUCGCCGCCCGCCGUGCCCGACACGCACGUAGCCGCCACGCUCACCGCACAGGAAGAGCUACUAAUGGUGUUCGACGAGGAUUUAGCGUACCAUGCGUACACGACGUUUGCCAAGUUUAUAGGCGUGGACUGCCUUGACCGGUGUCUGAAGAACGGCGAUACCAUCCGCGCACUGUGCGCCAAGUACAGGCAGAAACAUAAUAUACUCGACGAGCCCGUCAAAUGCAUCGACAUAGCCCCACGGCCGGAUCUCUCCGACCACACGGGCUCCAACAGCUUCGGCAACGUCACGCUCGUCGGCAACAGGAUCGACGUCGUCGACGACGCCGCGCAGGUCGACGGAUUCGACGUCGUCGCAUACAAAAUGGACACCGGCUUUAAGAAUGACAGGCAUCUGCGCGGCGACUGGCUGAUCUACUGGGAGCACGAGAUAGGGCGCGCACACUCGCGGUUUAACCUCAAGCAGAUCCGCCUGCAGACAUUCAUAGGUCACACGCACUCCGUCCGCUCCAUACACGCGCUGGACAAUGAGCACAGCUUCAUGAGCGGCGGCAAGGACAAGACGGUGCGCCUGUGGUCGCUAAGGAACCAGGGAGAUGGCAACGCCGUAACGCAAUGCAACUGGACAUAUACGGGGCACAAGAAAGGCGUGUUGUCUUUGUCUUUCAUUGAGUCUCUACGUCUUGCCGUCUCAACCGACUCCGUGGUGCACAUCUGGGAUCCGUUCAUGGAGAGUGUGGUGUCACAGUUGGACAACCUGAAGUCAGCUGUGAGUAUAGUGCGCGCGCUGCCCGGGCCGGCGUGCACGCUCGUCGCCGCAACUAACGACGCCACGCUGCGGCUGAUCGACCCGCGCGCGCCCGUUAACGCACCAGAACUUAAGGUUAUAAACGGCGGCAGCGCGUUCAUCCGCUGUAUGUGCGUGAGUCCGGGCGGCGGAUGGGUAUGCGCGGGGUUGUCCAGCGGACAGCUAGUCGUUAUAGACAUGCGUACUGGUCUACCGCUGACGCUGUGGCGGGCGCAUGACGGCGAGGUUCUCCGUCUAGUCGCGGUGGACGAGCACAAAGUUCUCAGUUCGGGGCUGGACCAAACCACGGCGUUGUGGCGCAUCGAUGAUGGCGAGUUAGUCGCGCAUUUAAAGGGAACAACGGAACCCGUCCACUGCCUGUCCGUCUACUACAACGAGUUGAUAUCGGGCACGACCAACAAUCGUAUCGGAGUCCACACCUCCUUAGACCAGGAGGCCUCCUUCUCAAGUACCAAACUUCGUUCUGAUACUUUCAAAGGAGUAUUGACUUGUAUGUCUGUGUUGCCGCUCAACAGAUUGUUGUUGCUAGGCAGCGACAACGGCACUAUAAGUCUGUUGUGCUGAUUGUUACCUUACCUUUAUAGUUGGUUUUGAACUUUUUGUUGAGCCAAUAAUAUUUUUUUGUAGAUAGCGGCUGGGCAUGAACUUUCGUAUAUUGAUUUACAGCUAGUUGUCUCACUUACACAAAAAUAUAUUGCU